AUGGAGAACAAGGGGACAGAGACACCUCUGCCCAAGCUACACACGAAAGGACGCCUCCAGCCCACACUGAUCCUGACUACGCUAAGCGCAGCCUUUGGCUCAGCCUUCCAAUAUGGCUACAACAUCUCUGUGAUCAACACACCUCACAAGGUCUUCAAGUCAUUUUACAACGACACGCACUUUGAGCGGUAUGGAACGUUCAUGGACGAGAAUUCCCUGCUGCUCCUGUGGUCCUGUACGGUCUCCAUGUUCCCUCUGGGAGGCUUGUUGGGGUCCUUGAUUGUUGGGCCAAUGGUCGAUAAGUGGGGCAGAAAAGGAACCCUGCUGAUCAACAAUGUCUUCGCUAUCACCCCUGCCAUCCUGAUGGGGGUCAGCAAAGUGGCCCGGGCUUUUGAGCUGAUCAUCUUCUCUCGAGUGCUGGUGGGAAUCUGUGCAGGCAUCUCCUACAGCGCUCUUCCCAUGUACCUGGGAGAACUGGCUCCCAAGAACCUGAGGGGCACCUUAGGGACAAUGACUGAGGUAUUCGUCAUCAUUGGGGUGCUCAUGGCGCAGAUCUUCAGUCUGCAGGCCAUCCUGGGCAACACCACAGGUUGGCCUAUCCUCUUGGCUCUCACCGGGGUCCCGGCAUUGAUACAGCUUCUCUCGCUGCCCUUCUUCCCCGAGAGCCCCCGUUACACUCUGAUUGAGAAAGGAGACGAAGAGACAGCAAGGCAAGCUCUCAGGAGGCUACGAGGCUCCAGCUAUGACGUGGAGGCCGAGAUGGAAGAAAUGCGAGAGGAGGGGCGCAAGGAGCAAGCAGAGGGUCGCCUAUCGGUGCUCAACCUCUUCACCUUUCGGCCCUUGCGCUGGCAGCUGAUCUCCAUCAUCGUGCUCAUGGCGGGCCAGCAGCUGUCCGGAAUCAACGCGAUCAACUACUACGCAGACACCAUCUACACAUCGGUUGGCGUGGACCCCACCCAGUCCCAGUAUGUGACAGUGGGCUCUGGUGUGAUCAACUUAGUGAUGACUAUCGUCUCGGCAGUCGCUGUAGAGCGUCUGGGGCGGCGGAUUCUCCUGCUGUCUGGCUAUGGCAUCUGUGGCUUGGCCUGCGUGGUGCUGACCGUGGCUCUCCUCCUCCAGAGCACGGUCCCUGAGCUGUCUUACCUUGGCAUCGUUUGUGUCUUUGCCUACAUCGUGGGACAUUCCAUAGGGCCCAAUCCCAUUCCUAGUAUACAUAGUUUUUAG